AUGGCUUUCGCGUUACAGUUGCACAAAGACUUGGAAUAUGACCCUAUGCGGCCGAACCCGACCACCAAACUGAGCUUCAUCGAUCGGGAGAUCCGAAGGCGGACCAUGUGGGCUUGCUUCCUGAUGGACAGGUUCAACUCGUCCGGGACAGAUAGGCCGAUGUUCGUGAAGGAGGAAACUGUCAAGAUACAACUGCCCAUCAAGGAGAAUCUCUUUCAGCUCGACAUGCCUGGCCCGACAGAGGAUCUUCAAGGGGCUGUGCCGCAUCCGGUACCGGUCGACAAAGGCCAGCUCUCCGAUGCCAAAGACAAUAUGGGUGUUGCAGCCUAUAUGAUACGCUCAAUCGCUCUGUGGGGCAAGAUCAUUAACUUCCUGAAUCAAGGAGGUAAAGACAUAGACGAUCACACCAUGUGGGAUGACGGGUCCGAAUACUCCAGCCUCACCAAACUGGCCGAAGAUUUUGCCGACAGUCUCCCAGAUGGCCUCAGAUACAACGCCGAGAACCUCCGCCUACACAAGACGGAGGGCAUGGCAAACCAGUUCCUCUUCUUGCACAUAUCAAUACAGCAAAACAUAUUGUUCAUGAGCCGAUUCGCUGUGUCCUCUCCAGGAGGCUGCUCGCAAGCUGACGUUCCGCAGACGUUUGUCACGCAAGCCGGUGCAAGGGCGUUUGCUGCUGCUAAUAAAAUAUCCGAACUAUUGAAAGAUGCAGAGGCAUACAUGGUAGCCGCUCCUUUUGUGGGCUACUGUGCCUUCCUCUCGAGUACUGUUCACAUCUUCGGUAUUUUCUCUGGCAACGCGGCAGUGGAGACUGCCGCAAAGAAGAACCUCGCAACGAACGUCAAAUUCCUCUCCAAGAUGAAACGGUACUGGGGUAUGUUCCACUUCAUGGCGGAAAACCUCCGGGAACAGUACAAGACGUGCGCCGAUGCUGCAAGGCAGGGAACGCCUGCCAACGAGAAUUCUGCCGCUUCCCCAAUAUUUCAGUAUGGAGACUGGUUUGACCGAUAUCCGCACGGCGUAUCGCAGUCCGAGUUCAUUGAAGCUGCCUUGCUUAAGAAGAAAGAGACGGGUGGCGAUGCUGUUCUCGAGCAGAAACCCGAACUUCACACCGUAGAGGAGUUCUUCACGCAGCUCUCUCCACCGCAUAGCACCGGCGAAGUGAAAGAAGCUGCCGGACCGAACAGGCCGCCGCUGAUGAAGCGCAAAUCAGUGGCAAAGAAGGGUAGCACCUCGCGGAGCGGACCCCACCAGCUAGAGUCCCUCCUCACUGAUAUCACCGCUGCUGGUAUGCCAGAGCAUGUCCAGCGACGUAUACAACAGGCACAACAUCAUCAGGCACAACGCAGUUACGCCCGGCUGGGUGGUCAAACAAGUGGGCCAGCGUCUUUCCACCCCGUUUCCAAUGGGCACCCUCGCUCACAACCUGCAGCGGCCAAUCUCCACGCCCUCUCGCCGAUUUCCCCUGUAACAAUAAGCGGUUACCCGCACGGACAACAUGGCCAUGGCCAUCAGCAUCCGAAUGCAUUCUAUAACCACGAUCUUCUUUCCCUACCCCUCGCUAGCAACGGAGCUGGCAUGCUACCACAGCUCGAUCGCCAGCUUUUCAACGCGUACGGCGGACUAGAUCCGAUGACGAUCAACGGACCAGAGGCUCUCAUGGACUGGGAUGCGCUUGCCGGCAAUGGGCCGGGUGGGCCUGGAGGCGGAACUGCGAAUGGAUCGAACAACGCCUCGGGUGCUGGUACAGGCAGCCACGACAGCUUGCCCGCGGGCUUUGGUACGGAACAAAGCUCUGCAUGGUUUAUGCCCUUCAACAUGGAACCCCCCGAGAUGGGUCAGGACAUGGGCGGUAUGGUCGACGGCUUCGGUAUAUUCAGCCCGGGCGGUGUACCCAACACACCUGGCGGUGGCAUGGGCUUGCGAAGGAAUGGUCCAUGA